CCCCUCCGCACUCACAUUGGUAUGAGCCGUAUCGCACGCUGACUGGAAACAUGUGGCUGUGUUUUUACCGGCUUGUCAUGUAGAGAAAUAUAUCACGGCUUUUGAUUAAUAAAUUAGUGAUACAGUCUGCAAAACGACUGAGAAGCAAGAAUAUACAGUUGUUACCUCGACAGGCAGUAACUGAAAGGCAUUUUACGGCCUCUCUGGAUCAGACAGGUGAAACCUGCGCUUGCUUAUCUUCCAACUGUUCGAGAUCAUUCCCUGUGUGCUGAUUGGUGGUGACCAUGAGGAAGUGUAAGAACUGUGGGGGGACAGACAUUGAUGUGGACCAGGCCCGGGGUGAUGCUGUGUGCAUGGGCUGUGGCUCUGUGCUGGAGGACAACAUCAUCGUUUCCGAGGUAACCUUCGUGGAGAACAGUGGAGGAGGAUCGUCCGCCGUUGGCCAGUUUGUUGCUGGUGACUCAUCUGGAAAUGUGCCAUCAUUGGGAGGAAACUUCCACACUGGGGUUGGGAGGGAGUCCAGAGCUGCCACACUGCAGAAUGCUAAGCGACAGAUAAACCAUCUUGGGCAUCAGCUUCAAAUGAAUCAGCACUGUCUGGACACUGCCUUCAACUUUUACAAGAUGGCCCUCUGCAAGCAUCUGACCAGAGGGCGUAAAUCAUCCCAUGUCAUCGCCGCCUGUCUCUACCUCGUCUGCCGAACGGAGGGAACACCUCACAUGCUGCUGGACUUGAGUGACCUCCUGCAAGUGAAUGUGUAUGUUUUGGGGAAAACCUUCCUUGUUUUAGCCAGAGAGCUGUGUAUCAACGCGCCUGCUAUUGAUCCAUGUCUUUAUAUCCCGCGUUUUGCGCAAAUGCUGGAAUUUGGAGAGAAGAGCCAUGAGGUUUCAAUGACGGCACUGCGUCUCCUGCAGAGGAUGAAGAGAGACUGGAUGCACACGGGACGAAGACCUUCAGGCCUCUGCGGAGCAGCGCUCUUGGUUGCGGCCCGUAUGCACGAGUUCCGUCGCACAAUUAAGGAAGUGAUCAGUGUGGUGAAAGUCUGUGAAGCCACACUUAGGAAAAGGCUGAAUGAAUUUGAGGACACGCCCACCAGUGAGCUGACAAUCGAAGAGUUCAUGCGGGUGGAUCUGGAGCAGGAGUGUGACCCACCCUCUUACACAGCUGGACUCAGGAAGCAAAAGCUAAAACAGAUUGAACAAGAGCUUGCAAAGAAAGUUGAUGAUAUUGAAGGUGAAAUCUGUGGAUAUCAGGAUGAGAUUGAAGUCGAGCUAGAGAGCUGUAGGCCCAAAGCCAGGGGGAUUUAUGCAUCCUGUUCCAAAGAUGAUGAUGUGAUUUCCUUGGCAUCGUCCAGCAUCCUUGCUGGUGAUGAGGAAGGAGAGGAUGACGAGCUGAGGGCAGCAGCAUCUCACCUGUGCAGUACUAUAUGUGGAGAGGAUGGAGAUGGCAAUGAGCAGGACCGAGAUGGAGAGAAAGUCUCUCCAACCAAACGGCCCUCGUUAGCAUUACUGCUUGGAGCGCUCCCCACUGCGGCCAGUUUGGGCCUGCCUGAGUCCAUCACCAAAAUGAGAGAGGAAAAGGAGAAUGAUGUGGAGGCAGAAAACGGUGAGCUAGAUCUGAGCGGUAUUGACGAGGAUGAGAUCGAUCGGUAUAUCCUUAAUGAGAAGGAAGUUAAGGUAAAGACUGAACUGUGGAUGCUUCAAAAUGCAGACUACCUCAAAGAACAGAAAGAAAAGGAGGAGAGAAUAGCAAAGGAGAAGGAGGAGGGUACAUAUAAAGAGCGGAAGCCUAGAAAAAAGGCACGGAGGCGUGAGCCCAUUAAUGCCAGCACUGCAGAUGAAGCCAUUGAAAAGAUGUUGGAGCAGAAACGCAUCUCCACUAAAAUAAACUACGAUGUUCUGAAAGACUUGAACAAAUCCAGCCCAAAAAGUCCCACUCGCCAGACUGAUGAAUCUUCUGCUGGAGCCAAAAGAACCCCCACGGCCCGCCAACGGAAACCACAACUGACUUCACCCAAGAUUGGGAAAAUGAUCAGCAGCUUUGGCAAGAGGUUACAGCCCCUAGUGUGUGCGCAGCCCUCUAAGAAGCUGGCCCUCGAUCAGAAAGGGUUUGACGCCCCAGUGGCCACUCCUGCUGCCCCGUCCCAGAAUGCUGUAGUUGUGGAGAGCGGACCGGUGGCGUACGAAGAGCCUGCAGAAGAAGAAGAGGAGGAUGAGGAGGAAGAACACUGUGUCAGUGCCAUGCAGUUAAUGGGCGGCACUGAUUACGGCUGUGAAGUGGAUGAUGAUGAUGGCUUCUGAAUCCAGAGUGGCUGUGGGAGCACCAGUGGAGAGGACACACUAACGCUUACCCUGCUCUUAUUCUGACCCCAAAACACACAUGCAACCUCCAUCUCAUUACCUCUAUUGUCUGUGCUUAUGUUUGCAAGAUGAGAAAAAAGUUAACUUUACACACUACAGAGGAUGGAAAACUACAGUUAAACAAGAACAAAGAUCCCACAUUCUUGCUUUUUCAUAGGUGUGUAUUCUGAGCUCAUAUGCACCAAGUAACUUAAACACCAUUUAAACUCACAGCACACAAACAGGAGAAUGAGAGUAAAUGGAUGUGUGUGUUGUGUGGUGAUUGAGAGUGAUGAUUCUCUCUCUGGAGUGUGUAAGCCUGCUAGCUGCUAACUGCAUUACUGUGUGUUUUAGGCUAAUGAUGACAUAUGAUCUUGCACAUCUAAAGCGAUUAGCCCACACGAGGCUCAGGACUCUGUGCGGACAAAUCUGUGCAUGUACACGUGCCUUUAAAUACUGCAGUAUACAGGCCUAGAAUAGUAUUGUGAUGAUUUUCAGAGCCAAAGUGUUAUUAUUUAAACCAGAUGUAGCUUUAUCUGCUCAGUAUUCAGUUAGAAUGGAUUAGAGGUGUAAAAUAUGAUUAGUAACAGUAUUCAAUUUUGUUCUGCUGCUUGGCUGGUUUUCUAGUACCUUUAUUAUUAUUAUUAUAAAAUUACUUACUGGUCUGGUGGAUUUUCCAGUUCGGUUAUUGAAUUGUAUUUUUUUUUCUUAGUAUAAUGUUUAAAUGAUACUCUAAUUAGAAUAUAAUUAUUUUUAAAUUUGAUGGUUGAUGUUUUUCUGAUUUAAUAUGGAGACAUGGAUAUAUAAAUGCAAUAUAUAUGUAUAUAUAUAUAUAUAUAUAUAUAUAUAUAUAUAUAUAUAUAUAUAUAUAUAUAUUGUUUUUUUUUUUUUUCAAACAAAAAUGUUUACAGUGUUAGAUUUUUUUGAAAUGGACUGAUGUUAAAGAAAUAAUGGAUUGAUAGUUUAAUAUUGGUCUAUUAAUGAGGAAGAAAACAGUGUUUUAGUUGUACUACUUGUAUCUGAAUUCUCAGUAUGGUUAGUGCUCUUUGAGAACAAUUUACUUUAUUUAUAGUUUGUUCUCUUCCAGACCAAAAGAUACGAGUAAAAUAUUAUUUCCUUCUGUUAGAAAAGUAUUUGAAGGGUUUCUUCUAUGAGCCAUGCCACGAUACACACAACAGAUAUUACUGAUGCAAAACCAAAUCAUUCCAAAUCUGAUAAAUGUUAAAAAAAUACAUAUAAAAAUACUGACUUUAGCUUGGAUUGUUUAGCUCAAGUUGAACAGCAACCUCGAGCUGUUCUGAUUAAAAUAUAUAGCCCAAACCUCUGUAUUGGCAUCAACAAUUGAUAAUUACUUGAUGUCUUGGUGUAUUCUUGCAUGUAUAAUACAAAUCUUUAGUAUGCAAUUCAUCUGGAUUUUAAAAACUGGACACAUUUAUAGUUUUAUUUUGAUCUUAAAGUUUAAUCACAUCCUGUUCUGCAUACUAUUAGAGCUAGUUUCAUUUGGAGUCAAUUGGUUUGGUCUUGAAACGGUAAUUGCGACAAUAAAACAAGACUCAAAAUGAGUUCAGUAAACCUAAACAGUAUUUACGGGCAAAGAAAUAAAGAAUAAUCAUUAUGCAUUA